AAGAGCAGAAGGAAUAAAAGCAAGAAGAAAAACAAAGUUCAAACCCAAAAGCUCCCUUUAUUUCCCAUAACAAGCAACAACCAUCAAAUUAAGUCUUCAGCUGAAAUUUCAUUAUCAAAUUAAGCUACCUUUAUCUUUUCUUGUCCUUUUUCCCUCACCUUCUCUUCCCUCUCUCUUCUUCUCUUCCAUGGCGAAUAAUGAGAAGGAUCGUUAUGAUGACCACCCCUUCUAUCAUCACAACCACCAUGAACAUCAUGAACUCAAUCACUUACCAUCAAGCUUUCCGUCACAAAACUUUCAAGGGUUUGAUCCCUCUCAUGCCACUUUCAAUGACUACUUACAUGGUUCCAUGGACUACAACACCCUCUCAAGAGCCUUUGACUUGUCUUGCUCGUCACCUGAAGUGAUCUCCUCCUCCAUUGAUGAAAACUCCAAGAAACCAAGUGUAGGAGACUCAGUGGGCAUGCCGACACCCAAUUCCUCAGUCUCUUGCUCAUCUAAUGAAGCUGAACCUGUAGCAGAAGAAGACUCAACCAAAAGCAAGAAAGAUAAGGAGCCAAAAGGGUGUGAAGAUGAAGAUGAAGGAUCUAAGAAAGAGAACAAUCCUAAAAAGAAAGAGAAAAAGGCAAGAGAGCCACGGUUUGCAUUCUUGACUAAAAGUGAGAUCGAUCACCUUGAAGAUGGAUACAGAUGGAGAAAAUAUGGACAGAAAGCAGUCAAGAAUAGUCCUUACCCAAGGAGUUAUUACAGGUGCACAACUCAGAAGUGCACUGUGAAGAAAAGGGUGGAGAGGUCAUUCCAAGACCCAUCAAUUGUGAUGACAACGUAUGAAGGGCAGCAUAACCAUCACUGCCCAGCCACACUCAGGGGCAAUGCUGUCAGCAUGUUUUCCUCACCUUCUCUUUUUGGUUCUUCCACAUCUAUGGGAUCAUUGGGAUCAACCUUACCCCAAAAUUUCUAUGCUCAGUUGCUUCCAAGUUAUAGCCAAGGACAUGAUGGUCAUCACGAAAACCCCACGUUUCACCAAAAUGACCAUUUCAAUCGCCAUUCCCAACCGCAGCGCCAACCGGAGCUGCAGCUACAGCAGAACCAGCAACUGCAGUUCCAACACCCUCAUGACUAUGGUUUGUUGCAAGAUCUACUACCAUCAUUUCCAGGCAAACAAGAGCAAUAAACUACCUAUUACCAUGCUUAAUUUUAUUUUUGUCGGAAUCAAUUUUGAUGCCUAAAAGUUAUCUACUGAUGAAACUUUUUCUCAGAAUUGAUUUUGACUUAGAAUCAAUUAUAUUAAUUAGAAUUUUCAAGCAUGCACACUAUAACUCACCCCAAUGACCCCAUUUCUAUUUAUAGUAUACAAUGGGGCUUGUAAUGUAUGUAGUAAUUAUUAUGUAGUAGCUUAAUUCCCUAUACUAAGUCAUGUACCAAGAUUUGUAUGGAUGACAGGUCUCAGAGGGCCUUAUGUUAGAACUAUGACAUUGAUCUUAAUUCUUGAAUGAGAGAGUUUAGAAAAUUUGGACAACAA